CAGCAGCUUCCCCCCGCACAGCACCCAGCGACCAGCCGCCUGCGAGUAACCCGCGGAGCGGAGAGACAGAGAGCAGAGUCCCCGGGUUUAGAGGCAGUUUUUAAGCCACGUCUGCGAUUAAACAGUAGAAAACUGCAGAGCUGGAGAGUUUCAGAACUGAGCAGCUUUAGGAGGCUUUUCUCCAGUUGUAAAAUGUACUCACCGUGAGCGCGGUGUGGAUUUCCCCGGCGGUGGAGUCAUGAGUCUCGGCUCGUUUCUGGUGGCUGUUCGCUCUCAGCGGAGGAGGCCUGCGCCAUGCCUCGGACUUGCGUAAAAUCCUGAGCCGGACGAAGCGCCGCUCAAAGCGGCUCUUGUUGCUGUGGAGCUGCGCCGACACAGAGAGCCCAGUGUGUCAUCAUAGCAGUGUCUCUGUUUUCUCCCUGUGGUGAGAGAUUGAGACAUGCAACCGCCGUCAAGAAGGGAUUUUGUCUCUCUGACUGUAACUGACAGCGGAGGCUACACAAAUGGCAAGCAGCGCAGGCAGUCUUGCUGGCGGAAAUGGAAGCAGUUAUCCCGCCUGCAGCGCAGUCUUAUCCUGUUCGUUCUGGCUCUGCUGCUGAUUGGCGGAAUCGCCACAUAUCCUCGUCUCUCAGCACAUUCGGGAGACACAGCAGUGGAGGGGAAUGGCAGUGAAGGGAAGCAGCCGUUUGUUGUUGAUAUGAAGAAUCAGGCCAGGCUUGCUCUUCAUGAGCCACCUUCAGAGAGAAAAAUCUCCCGUAAGCGAGGGCCACCUGUCCUGCAGAAUCGUGUGCAGAGUAAAGGAAAUGGAUCCGAGCCUCAGGGAGCUGAGCUGAAGAUUGUGCAGGAAGAGGAUGGGACCAAGAAGCUCAUCAGUUGGCGUGGGGCUGUUAUUGAAGCAGAGCAGGGCACAGACCCUAACGCCAAGGAGAAAGAGAAGGCAGCUGAGCCUGAGGAUCCUUCAGCUGUACAGCAGGCAGAGAGCAGACUGGAAGCAGUGAGGGAAGCUUUCAGACAUGCCUGGAAGGGCUACAAAGACUUCGCCUGGGGCCAUGAUGAGCUUAAACCCGUUUCCAAAUCACACUCAGAGUGGUUUGGGCUGGGUCUGACUCUCGUCGAUGCUCUGGAUACAAUGUGGAUCUUGGGUCUGAAGGAAGAGUUCCAGGAAGCCAGAGAGUGGGUGGAUAAAGAGCUCUCCUUUAACAAGAACGUGGACGUGAAUCUGUUCGAGAGCACCAUUCGCAUCCUGGGUGGCCUGCUCAGCACUUACCAUCUGACCGGUGAUGUACUGUUCCUGGAGAAAGCUAAAGAUAUUGGUUCCAGGCUCAUGCCGGCCUUCAGCACCCCUUCCAAAAUCCCGUAUUCGGACGUGAACAUCGGCAAAGGCACGGCCCACCCCCCACGCUGGACCUCCGACAGCACUGUGGCUGAAGUCACCAGCAUCCAGCUGGAGUUCCGUGAACUCGGCCGCCUCACUGGAGACCCUAAAUAUCAGGCUGCAGUGAUGGAGGUGAUGAGACAGGUGCACAAGCUGGAGGGCAAGCAGGACGGUCUUGUGCCCAUGUUCAUCAACACUAACAGCGGGCAGUUCACACACCUGGGUAUCUACACUCUGGGUGCCAGAGCCGACAGCUACUACGAGUAUCUGCUCAAACAGUGGAUCCAAGGAGGCAAGAAGGAAACUGAGUUGUUGGAGGACUAUCUGCAGGCUGUAGAGGGGGUUAAGAAGAACCUGCUGAAGAAGUCUUCACCCCUUGGCCUUACGUUUGUGGGAGAGCUGUCUCACGGACAUUUCAGCCCCAAGAUGGACCACUUAGUUUGUUUCCUGCCCGGCACGCUGGCCCUGGGGGCACACCACGGCCUCGAUGCCGAGCACAUGGAGCUGGCAAAACAGCUGAUGGAGACCUGCUACCAGAUGUACGCCCAGAUGGAGACUGGCCUGGCUCCAGAGAUCGCACACUUCAACAUGCAGACAGGCAGCGCACAGGAUGUAGACGUUAAACUUGCAGACAGACACAACCUCUUACGACCUGAGACUGUGGAAAGCCUUUUCUACCUGUACCGCUUCACCAAGGACAAGAGGUACCAGAACUGGGGAUGGGAAAUCCUUCAGAGCUUCAACAAAUACACAAGGGUCGAGACAGGUGGUUAUACCUCCAUCAAUAAUGUGCGGGACCCGAAAAAUCCCAGUCCUCGAGACAAGAUGGAGAGCUUCUUCCUGGGCGAGACGCUGAAGUACUUCUACCUGCUGUUUUCAGACGACCCGAACCUGGUCAGCUUGGAUAAAUACGUCUUUAAUACUGAAGCUCAUGCUCUGCCCAUAUGGCCACAGGCUGAGUAGGGGCCACAGGCCAUACAUAUGGACUUACAAGCACAUUUUACAAAAAUACACAUAUUUACAAAACAUAUCUACGCAUAUAUACACACUUCUCUCAGGGCCUUACACAAGGAUCUCUCAAUCCCUUUGAUAUCUAAACUGCCAUGCUUCUCUUUUCAACUCUGGGAACAAGACUAUUUUCAUAAUUUCAUACUUUCAUAAUUGGAGUUCAUUUGUUUCAUGGAGAUGAUUGUUUUAGCCUUAUAGUGACUAGUACCUAGAGGUAGCGUUUAAAGUGUCUGUGAAUAGAGAGAGUGGUGAUGAUGAUGGUUCUGUGCUUAUUUUAAUGUUCUUUUUAUCCUCAUAUCUCAUGUUUGCAUCACAAGUCAUUGUCGUCUUCAUCAUCAGUUGUAGAUCAUGAAUUCAGCUUCGGGUCCUGGAUUUUGGAAGUAGUAUCUGUAGUUAUUUGAACUUCAUAUGUAUAAGAACUGAUUAGCCACCGUAGCUAGGUAUAAAUCAUGAUCCAUUUAGUUCUGGGAUUAUUAGCAUACUCAUAAAUGAUCUUAAACAAUCCUAAAUGAAGAUAUAUUAGAGGUGCAAAUUUGGUCACAUAUCUCUAAGAUGCAUUGUCAUCUGGGCACUAAAUCCACAUUCAGAGUUGGUCAUGGUCCGUUGUGCAUAUGACCACGUUUCACAAGUAGAAUAUCGUCGCUGGCCAAUGAAAAACACUUAUCUCCAAAACAGCAACUUUACAGAAAACUUGUAAACUUUCAAUGGAAGGCAAUGUAAAAAGAGUUUAUGUCAGGUCAUUUUAAAGAGUUUCUAUUGGUCCGUUCAUCAAGAAAUUGUUGCACAGUGUAAGAGACAGUUUCUCUGUUCAAAUUAUGUAGUAAACUAAAAAUUGACAAAAAUAGAGAAGUGUUUUUCAUUGGACAGCGACGAUAUGUUGUUGUUAUUCCUUUUUAAUGUGUUUUGGGCAGGAGAACCGAAAAACAGUCAUCACAAGAAAUGUUCCUUUAGUGAUCAAUGAAUGAGCCAAGCAUUGCUCUGGUUCCUCCCCUUCGAUUUUAACAUCUCUAAACAUAGAUUCUUUACAGCAUAGUCCAGAGUCUGAACAGCUUGUUAUAAUAUGUUAAUACCAGGAGUCAUUGGUGCCUAAAUGUUCAAGAAUUUGAAAACACCUACUUAGGACAAUUUGAGUAAUGAAAAAAGUGCCAACUAUCUUCUCUCUUAUUUUAGAUCUAUGGGGUCAGUUGACAUAUAAACCAAAUGAAUGGAGAUCACUCUCUUGAGCAAUCCAAUCAUUGACAUUCAUAUUGUUUUGGAAAACUUCAAUGAAAAAUGCACUUGAUUGGUAGUAAAAUAUAACACUGAGUACGAGCUUUUGUUAAAUAGCCCACUUCUGUUUGCCCUCAGUACUUUGAAAUGCAACACUUUCAAACAGAUCUCCCAACAUGCUUAUAAUGCUGGUGAUAAAGGCAUGGAGCUCCCCAUGCAAAUAAAUUAGCUAUUUUUACACCAUUAAAGGAGAACUCUGGUGUUAAAUGGACUUUUGGUGUAGUAAAACAUGAUUAAGGAACUUAUUUUUGUUAAAAAGCCCACCUCCGCUCUCCCACAGCUUUCUGAGAUCCAGUAAUUUUACGCUUUUUGCUCAGCACUCUGUACAACCGCCAUAUUGGGGCAUAUUUUGCCCCAAUAAAUCGCUUUUUACACCGUUAUCCAAGCUCAAACUAGCUCCACAUCUCAUUAGCAGAAUACGAAGAGCUCCUACAUUUAAAAUAAGGCAUUAAUAACUUAAAAAGCGCUCAAGAAAUGUAUUAAAAUACACUGUUUACAAUCUCUAAGCGCCGCCAUCUUUGUACUGAUAAUGUCAUAGACAUCUAUACAUAGACCUUGCAUAGCCUGCCUCCCGGUGCCCAUUGCAUUUUUUUUUUACACUGAGCAAUUGACAAUUUUUACCCGAUUUUCACACGGUUUGGUUUGUUACAAACCCAAGAGAUGUAGUAAUGAUACAGGAUGCUGUCACACAUUACAAAUACGUACUUUCAUGCUGAAAUACUUUGUAUUACGCUCUUUAACAUUUAAAAUGAGGCAUUAAUAACUAGGGGUGGGCAAUAUUAUAUCGUAUACAAUAUAUCGUGACACAGAAAUAUCAUGAUAUUAAAAAUCCAUAUCGUGAUAAUAGGGCUGUUCUGUCUUAAAAGUAGUCUAUUAUUUACUGUGAAGCUUUAAGUGUAUUUAUUGUAUAAUUGUUUUAGUUUGCAGUUGAUAUGCAUGCACUAAAUAUUCUGCAAUAUUAUUUGCUGCCUUAUAUUAUUUUAUGCUAUAUUAUUUAUUUUGCCACAUUAUGAUUAUUCUGUUAUACUAUUAUACUAUAUUCCUGAAAUUAAUGAAUUAUUUUAGUUUUCCUAUAUCGCCAAGUAUAUCGUUAUCGCAAAAAUACCCUGAAAUAUCGUGAUAUUAUUUUAGAGCCAUAUCGCCCACCCCUAUUAAUAACUUUAAAACUGCACGAGGAGCUUAUUAAAAACCACAGCUUACAACCUGUAGCGUAAUCUAAUCUCAGAACGCCGCCAUCUUUUACCUAUACCUUAAGAUGGUGGCGCCCAGAGAGCAUAGGUUACGCUACGAGUUGUAAACUGUGUUUUUUAAUCAGCUUAUUGUGCAGUUUUAAAGUUAUUAAUGCCUCGUUUUAAAUGUCGGGGCUCUCCGGAUUCUACAGAUGAGCUGUGAAGCUACUUUGAGGCCAGAUAACGGUUUAAAAAGCCAUUUAUCUGCAGGGACAAAAUAUGCCCCAUAUCAUCCAUUUUAAAGCAUGUUUGGAAAAACUGUAAAAAAAAAAUAAAAAAAAAGACUGGAUCUUGAAAAGCUGUGGGAGAGCAAAGGUGGGCUAUUCAUCAAAGGUAAGUACUCUUAAUCGUAUUUUACUACACCAAAAGUCAAUUACAAUUACAUCGAAGUUCUCCGAUGACAAAAUCCAGGACCCAAAAUAAAUAAAUAAAUAAAUAAAACAAAAAGCUGAUUUCCCUGCUCAUACAGAUCUAACAGUCCUGACAAUUAACAGGUUCAGAGUUCAGGCAUGUGUGUUUGAGGUGGGGAAAGCCAAUAAACUCCAGGAUGUAGCCCUCCAGGACCAGAAUUGCCCUCCGCAUGCCUUAAAAAAAGGGUCCAUAGCUAAAUACCUCUUCUCUACACAGACUCCGAUACAGUUUCACUAAUGCUGGACCUUCUUCUGAAUAAGAACAACCACCAGUGAAUACUCUGAGCUCUGAGCUUUAUUAUGAGGAACACUUCUAACCAUCUCCAGUAGAACUGUGCUAACUGUGCUAGCUAGUCACAGAGGAACCAGCCGGCAGUCAGCUGCUGUGACGUGACGUGAUUAUAGCCUAAGCCACAGACAGCACUGUAGAGGAAGAGGAGGAGCAGCAGGAGGAAGAGGAGACAGGCAGGUAUUACGCUGCCGCUCAGACGUCCUCCUUAAUAAGCUGUGUUUGUUUUGGUGCCGUCUUGCUCAACUUAAGAGGAGUGCUCACAUCCUGUUUCAAACUGUGAAGCUUUUUGUACAAGCGUUUAAUUCUCCUCUCCUUUAUUCAAAGGAGCAGUGCGUUUAUGUACUACUGUGUUCUUGUUUUUUUUUUUGUUUUAAAUUUAAAACAAAAGCUUACUUUAUUUUAAUUGUUUUGUGGUUUAUAUCAAAUCUUUAUCUUUAUCUGGUUUUAUGGAUUUAUGUUUGUGUUGUUAUUGUGUUUUUGUUUUGUUUUUUCUCCUUGGCUUUAAUUUCUGUAGAUAAUCUUAGAAUUCUCUUAAAAUGAAGGUAUAUAGUUGUUGUUUUAUGUUGAUCCUUGGAAACCUUUUAUUAUCUAAGAGGCCACUGCCAUUUCUGUAUAUAGGGAAAUUUAAGUUUUUUUUUCUUUUUAUUGUUUAGUUGGUUUAGAUUCAAUUCUUAUUUUAUAUUUUUCCCCCCCUAAAGAUACACUAUGUUUAGACUAUUAGUUGUGCAGUCCGCAGAUUAAUAUAUAUGUAUAUUUUUUCUUUUUGAGAGAGAUUCUAUUUAAAAAGAGAUUAAAAAGCACAAUAUCACAUUUGAGCUCUUUAUUUACUGUACUGUGCAGAAGUUUAAAAGGCACCUUAUCACAUCAUUAUUUCUAGUGUUCUUAUCUGAUCUGGACCAAAAAAUCAUUCACAAAUAUAGGGAAAAAUGAAUGUAGAGUAUCAGUAUUUAGUAGGAAUUCACUGUAAUUAAAACUUUUGACCAAAGACCAAAUACAGAACACAUUUUUUCUUUUUGCUAUUUUGUCGUAGAUUUUCUUUAUUGCAUUAAUUUAUUACAAAUUAAAUAACCUCAAAUUAUUUUGUCUUGCUUGUCAAAGAGAACACAUUACAAAACCACUGGGAGCUUUUAAAUAUUUUUUUGAAAUGCAGAGCAGAUAUACCAACAAAACAUUUGCCCAAAAUAAAUGAGGUUCUCUCACGUUAAAUAAUAAUUCAAUAUUGUGGUUGCCAAAUAUUCCAGAAAAGAGCACAGUACUGUAUAUACUGUAUAUCUCAAAGUGAGUAAAGCUAACAUGUUACAUAUCAGAGGAACUUCAUGUUUUAAUUGUAUUUUAUUUUAUUUCUUGUAAAACUAACAGCAAAUGAUUUGUGAUUUGCCUUGUUAAAACAUCUAAAAGAUGAUGUUGGGCUAAGUACCUACAUUUCUUGACUACAGCUUGAUCAAUUAGGCUGAUCAUGUUCAGACUGGCAGUAUAAAUCUGAUUUUUGUCAUAUCUAGCUUGGAUCUAGACCGAUUGUCGGGAGUGUGAACAGAAAGGGACCAUAAGCAAUUUUUUUUUUUUUUGGUCGUUUUUGUUUUUUUGGAAAUUGGAUCUUAAUGUGAUUUAGAAUGUAGUUUAUACAGUGGUUAUAUUGGUUUUGAUGCAAAAGAACAUGUUGAAAUCUAAUCUGAAGUGACUCAUCUGAUGUUUUGCUCGAAGUGGCUCAGAUCUGAUUUUUUCAUGGUUGUGUGAACGUGCCAAAUCUGAUUUUUUUUUCAAUCGGAUUUAAGUCACUUUCAUAUGUGGUCCUAAAUCGGAUACAUGUCUCAUCCGUGGACAUGUGACAUGAAUGUGAACAGUCAAAUCGGAAUUCAUUCAUCUUUUUGCUUUUACGCUUUUAUGCAUGCGCUACGUGCUUCUCUCUUGUACCCAACAACUCAUCUCUUGGUGCAGCUGUGCAGCUAUAGCUGCAAAAACAGCAAAAGCAAACCACCUGUCCUUUUUUCACCUCCUCAACCCGAGCUUCAGUACUUCAGACCAGCUGUUUACUGUUUCUCCACUCCAGCAAAAGAUACUCCACAUAUGAGCUGCUAACAAACACAUCCAUUUCCCUUUAUAAAGAUACGAGUCGUCUCUCUAAUAUGACAUUUUUUUGGUGGUGGUGAAAAAGGGAGACGACGUUUAUACAGGUAUCAAUGUGCGCAUGUGAGACGGCGUUUCAGGGACAGAUUUGUUCACAUUACACACAGAUACAGAUCACUUACAUUUGUGAAUGUGAACCGUCAGGAUAGCCAAAUCCAAUCUGAGCAAAAAUCUGAUUUGAGCAAUGUGGCUUGUAAUGUGAAUGCAGCCUAAAUAGAUCUGAUUUGAGAAAUAAAUCCGAUUUGUCUGCAGUCUGAACACAGCAUUAGAUUGUUGGUUAAGUUACACAUUAAAUGAAUGAUACUAAAUCUUUUUUUUUGUCGAAUCUGAAAAUCUGUAAAAGGCUUGUGUGUGUAUUCAAACUAACACUCAGAGCCAACAAGGGCUGAAAAAAAUAUAUUUCCCACCAUUAUCCUUUUUAUCUGUAUGUGUUUCAUGUGUUUUGUCAUUCUCGUGCCUUUUUAAAUCCUUACUGAGCAAUGAUUGAUAAUGAAAUGUUCUCUAUUUUGUGUGCUGAGAAUCGUAUUUGUAUGGAAAUGUCUCUAAUGCUCUAUUUUAACCAUCUAUGAAUAAGUCUGUGUUUACAGAUUUCUUGUAGAUAAUGAGAAACACUUUUAUGAUUAUUUAUAAUGAGAUAAUGUAUGAGGAUUGUGUUAAAUAACUUAACAUGCCAUAUCUAUCUGAUCAAUCAAAACCAAUCAAAAUAUAAUAGAGAAGUGUUCAUAGAAAACACAUGUUCACGUUUUGAUAUUAAAUUAAGGGCUUUUCAUGUGCUAUUUUUCCAGUCGUGUGUGUGUGUGUACACACAGUUCUUAAAUCACUGUUUUCUCUAAAUGGAUAUUUACAUAAUUCAUAAUCAUUAAUUCAUUGACCAAAGACAUACUGCUCUUCAAAGCUUGCAGUGGGAUUCUUUUGAAAAAAACUUCAUAGCAGCUAUUUAAUCAGUGAAGCUUAUUGCUAAUUAAACAGUGAAUAAAUAAGUGCCCAAGCUAUCAAUCGAUGUGGGAAUCGUGUCGAGCUUGAUUUGGUGGUUGUGCGACUGUGAGGUUUAUGUAGUUGGAACUUGUGGAAGUGUGUAAUCGACAGGCUUGUACAAAGGAAGACCUUUUUUUUUGUCAAUAAACACCUGUUUCUGAAA